CAUUAUUUUGAGCUAAGUAUCUUCUUCUCAGUUACAUUAUUAGUAAUUUCUCCAACAUGUUUUGCCCGAUUUUGAUAUUUGAAUCAGUUCCAAGGGAAGAUGAAACACCAAUUUUUGGGAACAAAAGAUGUUCUCCAUGAUUUUUGUAUUUGCUUUCGUUCCGACAGAAGAUUAGCAACCAAUUUUUGUAUUUGAUUUUUGGGAACAACAAUCAGAUUACAGGUAUGAUUUUUUUGGUCCCUGAAGAAUCCAAUUUCCGUUAGUUAUUUGUAUCAAAUUUUUAGUAAUUAUUAUUUUUGGUUGAUAAUCUGAUUCCCUCAAGAUGAUAAUUUUGAUUAUUUUUGAAUAAUUGAUAGAGCUACGAAUUGUUUUUUAGAUCCAUUUUUGAGCUACUAAUUGGUUUUCAAAUUUAUUCUCUGUGAUCCAAAUUUUGACCUAAUUGCUAUGGUCCGUAGCAAUUUAUACCUGAUUUCUUAGCUCACACAUUAAUGUUUCAUCAUGGGAUUUUUCAGGUUAUUUAAAAUUAAUUUUCUUUUAAAAUCCGCCGUUACAGUUCUUCCUAAUUGCUACCAGAGGAAUUGCUCGGUUCCUUUGGCCUUCCAUCUUCCUUUGUGUUAUAAUUUGUUUGCUUUCAAUACAUGUUUUGGUUAAUUAAUAUGACAACCGUUUCAUUUUCUGCCCAUUAAUCUUCCUGGCAUUGAAGGAAUGAAAAUCUGCAGCCUAUAUAAGUCACCUGAUUUUCAGAGGCAAAUCACGCUCAACCAUCACAUUAUUUCCAAGGAAUUUGCAUCCAUCUUACCUCUUUUGAAGUUCUCCGCUGCAGUUAUUCCAGAUCGACCUAAUGGAUACUACAGUUCUGCCAAACCUCGCCUCUGCCGUACCGACUCCUGGAAUCCUAACACUGAAAGACUUUCAGCAAAAAAAUGGAAUUGGCCCAUGGAUGACCCAAGUCCGCAUUGUCCGGUUGUGGCAUGAAUCGGACUUCAUGAGAACUAAUGAUGUGACCAGCCUUGAUUUGCUCCUGCUGGAUGACGCCGCAAGUAGCAAAUCAAAUUGAAUAUGAUUCCAGAUCAUUUUCUAAGAUAUGAGCACUACAUAUUUUAUUAUAACAUGAACAACAUCGCUAAGAUUUAUCUGGGUGACUUAAUACACGCAAUUGUUCAGAAGAAGUUCAUCUGGAAAUUUGAACCCCUGCUAGAAGAGGGGAUGCUGUUGUGUCUUAACAGUUUGACAUUUGCCCCAGAAAAAAAAAUGUUCCGCUCCACCCAGAAUGACUACCGCGCGUACUUUAACUGGAAUACCGAUAUUACUCCUCUUGAAACCACCAGUGCGUCGAUUCCUCGCUACAAGUUCAAUUUCACUGAGUUUGAGAACCUUGCAGCUGCUGCCGCAAAUACUUCCCUUACUGCAGCUUAAGCGAAAUUCUGGCAACAUAUAUUUCAUGCGCGAACUGACACUGGAAAACAUAAGUUGUAUGAGGAUUAAGGCCACACUAUGGGGUGACUCCACUUCUGAGCUUACCAGGAACCUUGAAGCGCAUGAACUUAAUCCACAGCCUGUUGUGGCCGUUGUUGCUGGUGUCUAUGUCAAGGAAUAUCUAGGCAAGGCCUCGCUUUCCUCGACCAAUGCAACUAAAGCUUACUUCGACCUCGAUAUUCCAGAGGUGUUGCAUACAAGAGAAAGGUCUUCCCACCGAACUCCGCCAUUUGAAAUCACUGUCCCGGCCAGAGUUGGUUACAACCAGGCAACCCAAUCCAUUGCUGACACUAGAAAGUCAAUUUUCCAAUUGUUGGAAACAAAGUGGGAAUCUGGGUACAAUGUACUAAACAGAAAGUUUGUAGUGCCAAGGCUAUUGGCAUUUCCACUGAGAAAGGGUGGUACUACCUGGGACGCCACAACUGCACAACUAAAUUGGUUGGAAACACAAGGGACCAUUGGUUCCCUAGAUGCAAGGUCCAAAUAGACGAACCGGUUCCCAGGUUCUGGCCAUUAUUCAAUGCUAAAUUAUUACCUUUUCCUGCACUUGAAACUUGCAACUACUAAUGAUCGUUUGGUCCAUGGGUUAUGAAGAUACCUUCUUAGAUUGGAAGUUGAAGACUCAUCGGGUACCGUCUUUUUUGUUGCCAUGGACAGCGAGGUCACUGUGUACGUGUACAAGUUCUCCCCAGCAACACUAAGCCGGCCACCUGUGUAGCAUUAUCCACUAAAAUGAGUUAAUUCAGGAGCAACAAAGUUCAACCUCAGGCAUAUCAGACCAUACAUGUUGAAUGGCUGCCUCCAAGAAAUUUAAAAAAGGUGCAAUGAGUUUGGAGGAAAUACCAAAUUUUUGAUAUCUACAAGAGAUUCAUCCAAUCCUCUGGAAACAGCUGCGACAACAUGUAUUAAAGAAGUUCAAUCAAUGAUGAAUUCACAAAAUGAAUCAGCAGAAGAAAAGAAACAUGCCAUGGCUAUGGCUGCCGCUACUGAUCACAAGCCAAUUUUUCACAACAGAGUUCUUCCCACAUCAACCCUCGAGCUGCAAGGGUUUUAGGUGCAUGGGCUAUCUUCAAGGAUUACAUUUUCUUUGAUUUCGUUUCAAUUAGGUAUCAAUUAACGGUCAUCCUCAUAUAAACCCAUAAAUCUCUGUUCUAGAAAGUAUAGCAGACAUGAAUCAAUAAUUUAAAAUUAGAACUUAGAAGGAAAAUACUUCUCAUAUCAUUAAGAUAACUAUGGUUAAUUUUUGGGUUA